CUCCGUGUGUGACGUGACACCAGGACGCUUUUUUCAUCUUCGUCUUUCUUUCUUCUAUUCGCCACUUUUCCACGAAGAUCCAUUGGACUGCUGUGGCCACCAUGAAGGAAAGGAGAAACACGCAGCCCAUGGUGGUGAGAUGUACUGUCCUGGUGGGAGACGUCCAAUGCGGGAAAACGGCGAUGUUGCAAGUGCUGGCCAAGGACUGUUAUCCUGAGACGUACGUGCCCACGGUGUUUGAGAACUACACCGCCUGUCUGGAGCUGGAGGAGCAGAGAGUGGAGCUCAGUCUGUGGGACACGUCUGGUUCUCCAUACUACGAUAACGUGAGACCUCUGUGCUACAGCGACUCUGAUGCGGUGUUGCUGUGUUUUGACAUCAGCCGGCCAGACACUGUGGACAGUAGUCUGAAAAAGUGGAAAGCUGAGAUUUUGGACUUCUGCCCAAGCACACGCAUUCUCCUCAUUGGCUGCAAGAUCGACCUGAGGACUGAUGUCUGCACGCUGAUGGAACUGUCCAAUCAGAAGCAGACCCCCGCCACCUAUGAGCAGGGUUCUGCUUUGGCCAAGCAGCUGGGUGCGGAGGCCUACCUGGAGUGCUCGGCUUUCACCUCGGAGAAGAGCAUCCACAGCGUGUUCCGCACCGCCGCCAUGGCGUGCAUCAACAAGCUGCAGCCCCUCGCCAAGCCCAGCCCCUCCCGCCGCCUCUCCAAAAGACUCCUUCACCUGCCCAGCAGGUCGGAUUUGCUCUCGUCUUCGUUCAAGAAGGAGAAGACCAAGAGCUGCUCGGUCAUGUGAGUCGCAAAGAACUGGCUGGUAAAAGUCUUCACUCGAGCCCCCUGCCUCGUUGGUCUCGGGGAAGGGGGGUGGGCACGAUGGUUUUAUCAGGGCCGCCUGCUGAUUCCUUCCCCCGCCCCCCUCAGAAGAGGUGGACCCACCCUCCCGAACCUUUUAGUACACACCUUUUCCCCCUUUAACAAAGAAUAACACAGCGCUGUAACGUCUCUCUACUAUCUUGACCGACAAUGUUGUGCUGUAAACGCCGCUCUUGUGGAUCAUUUCAAAGUACAAAAAACAAAACUAGCAUGAAGCCUUCAGAGGCCAUCUCUCAUCUCACAUCAUAGUCAGGUGUGAAAGUUUUGCCGCCGGCCCAAAAUUGGACGCGCGAAAGCAACGUUGUGGAGGAGGCACGCUUAGACGUUCGCGUCGGAGCCGUGAGAACGGGCCACUUGGCAGCAGGCCGUCUGGUCAAGCGGGCGUUAGGUUGCUGCACACGUGCGUGGGGGCUGGAGGCACCAGGUGUACUAAAUAAAAGGUCAAAGGUCGCACCGGGGAGGAGGCAGAUGCAUUGUUAUAAUAAGCCUGGGACAGGAACACAUGAUGUUAGCUGGUCAUUGAGGCCUGUUGUAGUGCUGGAAGGCAUUUUGACUGUCUAAGCAUAGAAGAUCUGCUCAGAAUUGUAGCAUCGCAUUACUGAACGCUUUUACGACACUUCUCAGAGGAGUUUAAUAAAACGCCUCGCAUACCACUUUCCUAAACAAUUAGUUUGAUUCAAUGUAGCGCUACCAACCUCACUUCCAAGACGCUCCAAUAAUUCUAAUGACCUCCUAUAAACAGCUGCACACGUUCUUAAAUCUCCAGCUUUAUGGUUAUGCUUGCGUGUGUUUGUGUUUGUGUGUGCGUGUGUGUGUGUGUGUGUAUGUGUGUGUGUGUGUGUGUGUGUGUGUGUGCAGCAUUGACCAUUAAGCAAUAAUGAUUGAGCGCUUGAGAAUAAAAUGUAACCUUUGUGGCAAUAACGUAGAACUUUGUGCUAUUAAGGUUUGAAACCUUUUUUUUCUGCUGAAAAAAAAAGUGAAAAGGCUCCCUCCUUCCUCCCCUCAAUAAUUAAUCAUCAGCAUGUGUAGUAACACGAUGAUAAUUCUGCGCUAAUGAUGUGAACAAGAUGGCCGAAGAUGCUAGACAAUUUGACUUAAUCUUAAAUUUCUGAAAUGCCAUCGAAGGAGCUGACAGUAUGACAUUAAGAAUUCAUUUGCUGUUAAAAUAGAUAAGCAUAGAAUUGGACAAAUCCAUUUUGUUAACCAUUUGUUUCUGCAUUUUUUUUAUAGAGUAAGAAGCCCAAUUGAAAUAUAAGGCACUAGUAGUAUGAAUAUAGUGAAAUGAUACCAUAAUAGUAAUGAAGGUAUUAUAUAUUAAUCUUAUUU